AUGACUUUAACUGAUAUCAUUUUGACGUAUGAAACUUCUAAUGGUAUCUUCGCUCAAGAGCAAGGAGAAAUUCAUCAGGUCAGCCAGGAUCAAGUAGUUAAGACUGCUCAAGGCUCAUUCCAAUACACCUCUCCUGAAGGACAACCCAUCAGCAUCUCCUACGUUGCCGAUGAGAACGGUUUCCAACCACAAGGAGAUUUGCCAACUCCACCACCAGUCCCAGCUGCCAUUCAAAAGGCCAUCGACUACAUCCUUGCCCAUCCUUGCCCAUCCGCAACCACAGCAACCACAUCAUUAAUUUAA